GUAUUAAUUGUUACAAUUAAUAAUGGAGGGGUCACAAUAAAAUUUUGUGAAAAUACAAAGAUGCAAAGUGUAAAUAAACCUAAUCUACGAGUUAUUAUUCUUUCCCGUAAAUUCAAUGGAACGUUCCUGUUACCAUAAUUUCAACGAUGGCUUGCACGAGGAGUUAUUCUUCUUUUCUUUUUUUUUCUUUUUUUUUAAAAAAUAUUCUCCGCAUUAAUCACAUAUAUUCCAAAUAAUUUGCCCUCAUACCCUCUCAUAUAAAUGGCCCUGAAGGCUGAAGCAUCCAACUGAUUUGGUGACCAAGAAGAAUCCAACUAAUUCGAUGAAGAAGGAACAGUGGAUAAUAAUGGGGGUUACAAUAGAUAUUGUGGUUGUUCUUGUUCCUAUAUCAGUACUCUGCUAUCUAUGGAGAACACGCUGCUUUAGAGUCUUGCCUUUGUCCUAACCAGGAAAUAAUGCAAUAAGUGAAGAAGAGAGGACCCAAAGUACACAAUCUGUAAUGUGUCAAUUGAAAACAGAAGCAGCAAUUAUUGACAAAACAAACAAUGGAAAAGAGGAUUAUGAGUUACCUUUGUUCACUCUUUCUAGUAUACAAAUUGCUACAAGUUACUUCUCGUUUGCAAAUAAGAUUGGGGAAGGUGGUUUUGGACAUGUUUAUAAGGGUCAGCUAGUUAAUGGGCAGGAGAUUGCUGUGAAAAGACUUUCUAGAAGUUCUCAACAAGGGUCAGAGGAGUUCAGGAACGAAGUUAUAUUGAUUUCAAGGCUUCAACAUCGUAACCUUGUUAGAAUUUUGGGUUGUUGUGCUCAAGGAGAUGAGAGGAUAUUAAUAUAUGAGUACUUGCCAAACAAAAGCCUAGAUUCAUUUCUUUUUGAUGAAACCAAACGAGCUUUACUUGAUUGGAAAAUGCGUGUCCACAUCAUUGAAGGAAUUGCUCAAGGACUUCAAUACCUCCACAAGUACUCUAGAGUAAGAAUCAUUCACAGAGAUUUGAAAGCUAGCAACAUUUUAUUGGAUAAUGACAUGAAUCCAAAAAUAUCUGACUUUGGUACUGCAAGAAUAUUUGGAGACAAUGAAUCCCGGGCAAGCACAAAAAGAAUUGUUGGAACAUAUGGUUACAUGUCCCCUGAAUAUGCCUUGUACGGUCGCUUUUCUAUGAAGUCUGACAUUUUUAGCUUUGGGGUCAUGAUGCUAGAGAUCAUAAGUGGGAAGAGAAACACAGAUUUUUAUAUGCCCGAUCACGCUUCAAAUCUGUUAGGAUAUGCGUGGGAUUUGUGGAAAGAUGGAAGGGGUUUGGAGAUAAUGGAUCAUUCAUUAGUUGAAACAUGUUCAACGAGUGAUAUUAUGCGAUACAUUCAAAUUGGUUUUUUGUGUGUACAAGAAAGUGCAGUAGAUAGACCAACUAUUUCAGCGGUUUUGUCUAUGCUUAGCAAUGAAAUGGUCGAUAUACCUGCUCCUAAGCAACCUGCUUUCUUUGCAAUUGUGAGUUUGAAUGAUGCCUAUACACAUGAAAUUGCAAAUCCUUGCUCUGUUAAUGAUGUCACAAUUUCAGAAGUAGUGUCUCGAUGACAUUUGUUCUUGUACAAGGGACAUUUCUCAUUAAACAUACUUAUCAUUGUAAAACUUGAUAGACCAAUCUCUAAUAGAUGUUAAAGAUGAAAUGAUUCAAUGACAUGUUUUGGUUAAUUGCUAAUAAUACUAAAUUUUGCUCCAAUUAUAUGCACAACUAGUUUGGAUUCAUUUGCACAAAAUUUGACUAUACCUUUAUUUAUUUAUUUAUUUAGGCAAACAAAUGAAUCUAUUUUACAAAUAUUUUGGAGGGAAUCUUAAAUCAGAGACAUUAGAUAUGUUUUCAGUUAUCUUUUUCAUAUUGCAAAAACUUUCUUUGCAUUAAUUUGUGAAAAUAAUUUUGUAAAGAUGAUGUAGGCUAAGGUUUUCGGUAUAUAUAUAGGAAAAUGCUAAAAAUAGCCCUUAGGGUCGUUAUUGUUGAAAAAAUUGUGCAAAUAGUGUUUUGAAAUGUAUAAAAAUAUUUUGGAAUAUGUGAAGAGUGUAUCGAGAUUUUAAAUAUUUUAGAAUUUAAUGCUUUUAUUGAUCGCCCUUAGGGUUGUCAUCACAGGACCUUUAUGUAUAUAUAUAUAAUUUUAGUUAUCAAUUGUUGUCAUAGUCUCAUUUUGAAUUAUCAACCCCAUGUACUUCAAUCUUUUUCAUCGUUCAGAGGUGGUUCUAAUUUACCGAAUCCUCUAUUAUAACUUUAAGUAUAUGUAGCACAACUUGUUUCUAGUGUUUUCUCUUCAUCUUCUUACAUUGUUUCUAAUCCUCCCAACUCUUCUCAUGUGCCAACUGAUCAAUUUCCCAUUUUACAAAUGGUGUGGAUCAUAUUUCCAUACAAUGGCUUAGAUUCUGUUUAGGUUGGUAACAUGAACUCUCUUCCCAUUUCUCACUUUGGUAAAGGUAUUUAGCAAAUUUCUAGCAUAACCUUUUCUUGAUCUAACAAACCUUUAUCCCUUAUAAUUUACAAGUUGUUCAACAAUUUACUAGAUAAUAAUUGUAGGCUUAUAUUUGAUUCCAUAGCUUGUAGUUCAAGAAAAGUUUAUCAUCAAAUUAUUCAUAGAGGUUUCUACAAACAAAGCCUUUACAUUUUCUUUAUUUUUUUUCUAAUCAUGCACAAUAUUACGGAACCCAACUCAAUAGCACCCCUCUUGCAUUGUUGUGACAUCAAAGGUUUGAUCAUGGUAGUCCAACAUUGUUUUGAGUCUUAAUAAAUAGUGCAAGUUUUUUCUUAAUAAGUUUGAACCAUACACUUUUUAACACUAAUCAUAUUGUUGGAGAAAAAUGGUUGAAUAAGAAAUUACCUCAUAAAUAUGUAUAUAACUCACACAUUUAAGGCUCAUCAGUUUUACAAAAUUGAUUGGGCAGUUUUGCUAGC